AUGGACGACGAAAUGGAGGUUCAAAACGAGAAUGGGAUGGAAGUUGAGCAGCCGACAACGUCUACGAAGAAGCAGAAACAGGUCUACAUUCCUGGCGUUAGCCGAGCUCUGCGGGAAGGAGAAGAACUUGACUUCGAUCCUGAAGCGUAUAAUAUAUUCUAUUCCUUUGAAACCAGAAGUAGAAUGCUUUCACUGACUUUGGUGAAACUCGUUGCCGUAGUGCCCGAGGAUAAUGCGAGCGAGGAUUUCCCAUUAAAAUGCUAUAUCGUGGCGGGAACUCAAGCUGAUAAACCGAAGAAUAAUGAGCUCAUUGUAAUGGGGCUCAAGAAUCUUAAUCAACUUGAGAACGACGAUGAGGAGGAGGAUGAUGAUGAGCUGAGUGACGACGAAAGCGAUGAUGGGAAUAGUGCCAAAAAGGAAGCAAUAAUGCAUUCAGUGUCAGUGUCUCACUAUGGUGGAGUCAACCGAAUCAAGACUCAACGUCUUGGUGAUGGAACGGUGUGUGCCGUGUGGAAUGACAUUGGGAAAGUUCAACUUUGGAAUUUAACAAAUGCAGUUAACGAAUGUACUAAAAUGUCUACCAAAGGCAAAGAGGAGAAGCAGAUUCAAGAGAAACCGCUCUUCUCUUAUAUCACAAAGAAGGAGGGAUUCGCACUUGGUUGGUCGAAGCUUAAACAGGGAGAUUUUGCCUCUGGAGAUCAAUCGCGAAAUAUUCACAUAUACAGAAUGCAUGAAGGUGGAACUUGGGUCGUUGAUCAACGUGCUCUCAGUGGUCACUCGGGAUCCGUAGAAGAUGUGCAUUGGUCUCCCACAGAAGAAGGUUUGCUUGCUUCGUGCUCCUGUGAUGGAACUAUCAAGCUAUGGGAUGUGCGCUCCAGCCCAGCUGACGCAUGUGUAUGCACUGUGGAGAAGGCUCACAGUUCUGACGUGAACGUUUUAUCUUGGAACUCGCAUGAACCACUGCUGGUAACUGGAGGAGAUGAUGCCGAAUUGAAGAUCUGGUCUUUGAAAACAAUACAG